CAAAAUAUCUUACUUUUCUCUUCAAUCAUCAUUGUUGAAAAUAUUCUCUGAUCAUGGAGUUAGCUUUGAGCCUAGGUGACACCCCAAAACCCUUUACAUUUCUUGACAAAGCCCAGAAAAUGGUGAAUAGAGAUCUAGGGUUUUGCAUGGGUUUAGGAAAGGGUGCUGCUGAUCGCGGUGGUGAUCAUCAGAGCAGAAAUAGUAGAGAAAGUGAUGGUGAAAGAAGAGGGUCAUCAGAUCCACCGGUUCAGCUUGAUCUACUUCCUUUCUCUCCGGUUCCAAGAAGUCAAACUUCUUCAUCCCAGCUCAGUUUUUCUUGGCUGACACAACACUUGACUGUAGCUGCCGAACCGGGUUCGUCCAAUGGAUUCACGAGGGCGGUGGACGUGAACCGGAGAUCAUUAGGAGUGGACAAGGGCGGCGAGGAAGGGACCACAGCUCUGUCCUCACCAAACAGCGCAGCCUCAUCUUUCCAGAUGGACUUUUCAAUCUACAGAAGCGGAUCAAGAUCAAACAAAAGAUCAGAGAAUGAAGCAGAGAAUGAUAUUAGAGGAGGGAUGGCUUCUUCUAGAGCAAGUGAUGAAGAUGAAAAUGGAAUGGCCAGAAAAAAGCUUAGACUUACAAAAGAACAGUCUGCCUUUCUUGAAGAAAGCUUCAAAGAACACAAUACCCUCAACCCAAAACAAAAGCUAGCUUUGGCAAAGCAAUUGAAUCUUCGUCCUCGCCAAGUAGAAGUGUGGUUCCAGAACAGAAGAGCAAGGACCAAGUUGAAGCAGACAGAAGUAGAUUGUGAGUAUUUAAAGAGGUGCUGCGAAACACUGACAGAAGAGAAUAGGAGGUUGCAAAAGGAGCUACAAGAAUUACGAGCCUUAAAAUCUUCCCAGCCUUUCUACAUGCAACUCCCUGCCACCACUCUCACCAUGUGUCCCUCUUGUGAACGCGUUGCCUCCACCUCCACCGCCAACACUAACGUCACAUCUCCACCGGCAGCCACUGCUGACAUUGCUAAUACAACACUCUCUCUUGCCAAGCCGAGGCUGACUCAAAUGGUUCCGUUUCCACCAUUACAAGUUCAAGGUCCACAGGCUGCCUUAUGAUGAAUGGUGCUCAGCUUAAUUGCUAGCUAGUAAUUAAGGGCUUUGGCUUUUUGUACAUAUAACUUGAUUUUGCUUGAUCCUAAUUGAAAUAUAUAUGACGAUGUCCUGUGAUUUAGGGAGACGAUGCUUGAGAUGAGAAGAGUUAUUAUAGUUGGACCUUGGAAUGUAAAGGUGGUUGUUUCCAAUUAAUCAAAUUAGGCAGACAAUAUAUUUAUGUUCG